AUGCCUCAGAACGAGUAUAUCGAGCGGUGGACGAAGCAACACGGCAAGCGUCUCGACCACGAUGAGCGAGUCCGAAAACGUGAGGCCCGCGAGGGCCACCAGAUGUCUCAGAAAGCCCAGGAACUGCGUGGUCUAAGAGCCAAACUACACCAAAAGAAGCGCCAUGCAGAGAAGAUUCAAAUGAAGAAACAGAUCAAGGCGCAGGAAGAAAGAGACGUCAAGUCCGCUGCUCCUUCAGAACCAUCAUCUACGCCACUGCCAAACUACUUGCUCGAUCGGUCACAGGCGAACAAUGCAAAGGCUCUUUCUAGUGCGAUCAAAAACAAGCGUGCUGAGAAAGCUGCCAAGUUUUCGGUCCCGUUGCCAAAGGUCAAGGGUAUUAGUGAGGAAGAGAUGUUCAAGGUGGUAAAGACAGGAAAGAAGACGGCAAAAAAAGGUUGGAAGAGAAUGAUCACAAAGCCUACUUUUGUAGGGCCAGAUUUUACACGACGGCCUGUCAAGUACGAGAGAUUCAUUCGUCCUAUGGGUCUGAGAUACAAGAAGGCCAAUGUAACACAUCCAGAACUCGGCGUGACUGUUCAGCUACCUAUACUUGGUGUUAAGAAGAAUCCCCAAAACCCGCUCUAUACACAAUUAGGUGUUCUGACGAAAGGUACCAUAGUGGAAGUGAAUGUGUCGGAGAUGGGCUUGGUCACAGCUGGUGGUAAGGUCGUCUGGGGCAAAUGGGCUCAGAUCACCAACAAUCCGGAGAAUGAUGGUUGUCUCAACGCUGUGCUGUUAGUGUAG